AUGAAAACAUCCGAUGAUUUGGCCAACGAGAGUUUUUCCCCCAAGUUCUAUACAAGCAGCAAAACAUUCAAUGAUAAAGUAAAAGUGCCUUUACAAUGGAAGUUUUACAAUCGAGAAGAAACAUUCCUAUGUGGAGAUCUAUUGAUCAGUAAAUACAAUGGCUUAUUCUGGAGGAAGUCUACAACUCGGACCUGUGUUUUAUUGAAAAAUGGAAAACUAAUAGUGUACAGCGAUGUAGACAGAGGUCUUUCUAUUAACCUACGAGAGCUCAGGGACGUUCGGCAACUGUACUCUGAAAAAGAAACGAAGGAGGGUGUUACUAAAGCUUUGGGCGAGUUUCUACUCUUGAAAGAUAAUCAUCGUUUAAAAGUCAUCGUGAAAGGUGACAAAUCGUUUGUAACGUCCUGGCGCUGCGGAAUUAUAACAGCUCAUCAUGGCUUGGACUUGCCCUCUGUAGAAGAGAUUGAUGAGUAUACAUGGUCUCAAAAGGUGGUCGAUCCUCACACAACUUCAUACGACACGUUUGUCAAUUCUAUGGUAGAUCGAGCUUUAAAAUCAAAUACAUCGAUGCCGUCCUUAGCCUUAGCCUAUUCUACUCUCCCCAACGCAAAGUACAGCGAAAUAACGAGUCUUAUGAGAAAAACAAAUAGUUUAUGUUUUGAUAGAAGUCUCAGAUCCGCUCCGUCUUUCUUAUGCAAAAAUGAAUCUGAAAGCUUUCAAAGUCCUGAACCUAAAGAGAUCGCGACUGCUAGCAUAUCAACUGAAAGCUUCCUCUCCAAGGAUGUUCUGGAAGAGAGAGAAUUAGAUUCUGGUGUGGAGUCUCCCUCAACUAACGACUUCGGGAUAGACGACGAGGAAGAACUAGAAAUUUUCAAAGCCCUUCGCCAUGAUUUAUUUGAUCAGCCAUUGGAGGAUGAAAACAUAUUUUUAAAACUUGAAGAGCUCAAAAGGAAAAACGAGCGACUAUGCUUUAGAGUAUCAGACACCAACUGGUAUGAGAAGAGUCGCUUCAACGGUUUGCCAAUCAUGAUGGCGGAUCAAUUGAAUCUCAAUUCUGUCAUGGAAAUUAAAGAAUACAAUUAG